AUAUCGAAAAUUCUCUCUCUUUUUUUUUCUCUCUCUCUCUUCAACAUUAAUAGUGGAGCUGUUGAGAUAAUUUCUUAAAAAUGUUAAAUCAUACCGAUCAGAUUUGCAGAUGGAAAGAUGUAAAUUUAAAAGUUGAUAAUCCUGAAGUAAUGAAAGCGUAUCAAUCCCGUCUUAUGAAUUUUACAAACACUAGGGAACCAUUUGAAAAUGUUGGUAAAGAAGAUGGUUUGAGAAUUUGGCAGAUUAGGAACUACAGAAUAUUCUACUGGCCGGAAACAGAAUAUGGUAAUUUUUACGAGGAUAAUGCCUAUAUCAUUUUAAGUUCUACAAGCCCUGAAGUGUUUUCAGAGGAAAUCGUGUAUGAUAUCCAUAUUUGGAUAGGUAAAAGAGCCUCUUAUGAAGAUUACGUAGUCAGUGUUUUGGCAUUAAACAUUCUUGAUGAGAAAUUAAGGAAGACGGCUAGAUUGCAUAGGGAAAUUCAGGGAAGAGAAUCGGAUUUGUUUACUUCAUAUUUUCAGCCAAUAAGCUUUUUCUCUUCUAAAAGCGUUUGGAAAGGCGGCUUUGAGCAAAGCUUUGCACGUACAAGGGAUAAAUCCUCAUAUGAAUACAGAUUAUUGAGGUUCUAUAAACCGAAAGAUCAUACGAACAAUAUCAAAGUAAAGGAAGUUGCGGCCGAAAAGGCUCAACUGACUUCAGAUUUUGUAUACAUUCUAGACAUGGGAACCAAGUUUUGCAUCUGGAAUGGAAGAAAUUCGGCAAAUGAUCACAGAAUAGCGGCUAGAAACUAUAUUGAGGAGAUAAAAGCCAACAGAGGGGCUAAAAUUAAAGUUGACAUUAUUGAUGAAAUUGCAGUAACAUUUGAGCAUUACUUUUAUACGUCACUUGUCGAUGGUUUAUUCGCUAGUGGAAUUAUUAAAGAUGAAGAUGAUGAAUUCCAAAGUUCAACAAUAAAAAAUUAUACAAAAGCAAUAUAUAGUGUGAAUCCAUCAACUGAUCCCCUAAGCUUUACUCCGAUUAGUGCUGGACAGACUGCAUCUUUAUCAACAAUUCUUGCAAAUGACGUUACUAUAUUUGAUACUCAACAACAUUGCUUUAUUUUGCUGUCACAAUCUGCCUCCGCUUUUAAGCGAAAAGCAAUUGAGAUGGUUCAUCAUUACUUAAGAGGAACGCAGCAUCCUCUCAUUCCAGUAACUAUCCUAAUUCAUGGACAAAGAUCUGCAGCUUUGGAAAGAUUUUUAUUAAUUUAA